UCUUCAAAGACUCCUCCGUACUUAUUGUCAUAAACACUUAAACAACUCAAUAUAAUCCAUCAGAUGCUCGUGAGGAAGACCACAUUAGGGUUUCUCAGCCAAAAGAGAAUGGUAUGCAUGGUUUGGCUCAAAGUCAUUCCUCUGGAGCGUAGAACGAUGAACCACAUACUUGUUAGCGUAGAAAUAUUUAGGUUUGUUAUAGUCUGCAAGUGCCCUCUAUCGUUCAAUUUUAACAUUCACAGCCACAACAAUUUCAACAGGGAUUACAGCCUCCUGAUCAUCAAUCUUCUGACCUGCUGCAUUACGCAUAUGACCCUCUAGGUCAUGCAGGUCUCCAUCCAGAUUUUGAAUCAACACAAAUCGCUCAAUCAUCUCUGUUAUGCAAUAUAUGGCGUUGAUCGAAGUUGUAGUAGUGUCGUUUGACGCCUGAGUCCAAUUAGUGUCGGUUGAUGCUUCAAUUGUGUCGCUCGAUGCUUUGUUCUUGAACGCGUAGUUCGUACGUUCCAGCUCAGAAAACCUAUGGUUGGUAAGAUCAAAAAGCUAUAUUUUCUUGUUGAUUAUAGUAUUGUAGUGCAUGUACCUGAAACCCAAGAAAAGAAAAAUAAAAUAAGUAAAACUAAAAACAAAAAAAACCUAGUCUAAAUCCUACACCUAGUCUAAUGAUAAUCAGAUUCUCUUGCAAUGUUGGAAAAUUUUAUUAGGAAGCCUUAUGUAACACAAGAAACGCGGAAGGCUGAAUGAAAUCAAUGGUGAAGAAAGAAAUGGCAUUGCCAUUCUAUCUACACCCAUCAGAUGGACAAGGGAACUUGAUUCCCUCAGUUCAGUUGAAAGGAGAGAACUACGAAGAUUGGGCUAAGCAUGUGCGGAACGCCUUGCAGACAAAGAGAGAGUUGGGAUUUAUAGAUGGGACCUUGAAGAAGCCAGAAACUGGGGAAGAAGUUGAGCAGUGGGAGGUAGUCAACUCGAUGCUUGUGGCAAGUUUGGAAGGUAUUAGACAUAGUGUCUCUGGUUCUCCUUUCACCUCUCUUCAGAAUUCAUAUUAUAAAAGAUUGAGAUGAUUUCCUGAGAUGCAGAGGGGUAGGUACAUUACCAAUGACCCCACUAUUCUAAUUCAAAAGAAUGAUCACACAUCGUUGGAAGCGAGAGAUAUGUACAUUAUUGAUGACCCCACUAUUCGCCCACACUUUGUCAGAUUAAAAGAAAUAGUAUUCAGAGAAGAGAGAAGAGAGAGGGAAAGAACCAGAUAGUUACAUGUCUGUCCAGAUACUUGUUUGAGUUGAUUCCAUGUGUCUUUUGAUUGAUGCUCUCAAGAUGUAGCCUACACAUUUUUAUUUAUGCAGAAAUGAGAUCAGUAGAGGGGUAUGUCAGGCGCUAUCAGUGGAGUUGUGCGAUGUUAUGGUAUAAUGAAUAAGCUACAAUGUAGUAUACUGAAUCAUCUCCGAGGUUAGCAAUUAGCAUUCCCACCAUUCAUAUUUAUAGAAAUGAGAGUAGUGAUGUUAAAUUAUGUGAGUCUCUGCUGUUUUCAAAACCUCUUUUAUAAGACUAUUCUUGUUUUGGUUGAGGACAAGCAAAAUGGUAAUUCUAGGGAAAUUGAUAUACCAUGUAUUUUACCACUUUUUAGCCAUGGUAUAUAAGUGUUUUAGAAUCUAUUUAUUAUGUUUUGGAGUUUUUUUAGAGUCUUUAAAGGUUUAGGUAUGUUUUGUUGUGGUGAUUUUAGAGCAUUUUGGAGAUAAAGACAUAAGAAACUCGUAGUUGUUCAUGGGACCAACCAGAGUUGACAUUCAGAGUCAUCCGUCGAUCGACAAACAUCACUUGUUGUCGAUUGACAGCAAAGCGCGAAAUCGGGGCGCUAUUUCAUGACCAAUAUGAUGCCCAAGUCCCACAUAUUUACAAAAUUACUCCCGGCCGACUUUGAUCUAAUACUUAUGUGCUCUGCCAUUGUAUUCGACAACACACACUUUUUUAUUUUCAUUCAUUCACAUCAUAAGGUUUUUAGGGUAUUUUAGUAGUUUGGAGAGAAUAUCUAAGACUCUUUCAGAGCUUUGUAUUGGAACUCCAUUUUUUCUACCUUAUUCUUCUUAUGCAUUUUAUUCAGAUUAUUGCUAUCCUUUGCUUUGCUAUGUCUGAGUAAUUCACUUAUUAGAUUUAAGGUUUAAUUAGGGUUAUGAAGGAGUAGCCAAAAUUAUAAAAUUGCUAAGGUGAUAAACAUUCUUCUAGGAAUUUCUUGUAGUGCUUGUGUUUUAGAGUAUCUAACUAGAACCCUGAUUUUAGGAUUGUGGACAACUAUGGUAGGUUCUGCACCAUAAUAGAUUUCCUUGAGCUAAGAUUGCUAGAAACAAACGACAGCUUAUUUAUUUAAAACUAGUGAACAUAUCGAUCAACUCGCUAACCUUUGUCUAAAGUAGCAUCGAUCAACGCUAACUCAAUAGCAUCGAUCGACACUCGAUCCGUAUCAACAAGCGAAAACUGAGAUAUUGGACUUAGUCAAUAGAAUUGAUUCACAGCGGAAGUGGAUACCUUUUGAUUAGACUUCGAGUUCUAAGAUUGUCAACCUAAGUAUUUUAUCUGAUUAUAAUCAUGAUUACCUGAAACCCUAAAUUUAGCUUCCUUCCCAUAUUGUUUAUAACCUCCAAUCAAUCAACUAAACAACUAGCUUUGUGUAACCUGCUAUCAUUUAUUUACUGUUUAUUUACUUAUUGCCUAGCUUAAUCACAUCUGUUUUAGAUCUAUUUUGUGCCCUCCUCCUUGUGGAUUCGAUUCCUAAGUACUACAACUGAAUCUCAUAUUUGAGAGAGUAAAAGUCACUCCUUAAGGUAAUUUGAGUGAUAUCAACGAAGUUGAGUUGUUGUCGAUCGAUGUGGGGCGUCUCUUUUUGUGGAUUUUGUACGUUCCAAACAUGCAGGGUCUGAGAAUGAUAGCGAUUUUCCUUGUUGCUUCUUGUACUGCUGGGCAUGCACUUGAAAAGAUCAAGAAAAAAAAUUAUGAGAAAAUUUUAAAUAAGAAAAGCAACCUAGACUAAAUCGAACUAAUUACAUCUAAUGGCGAUCAAAGCUCUCCGGCAACAGCGCCAAAAUUGAUAUCACUGAAAUUACCCUGAAGCGACUUUACUCUCUCAAAUAAGAGGUUCAGUUUCAGUACUUAGGAAUUGAAUCCACAAGGAGCGAGUACACACAAUAGAUCUAAAGCAGUCAAUGAUUAAGCUGUCCAGUAAAUUAUAAAGCAUUAGAUAACUCAAAACUAAGCAGAUUGAUUGAUUAGUUUGUUUGUAAACAAUUAGAGAAAAUAGCUAGAUCUAAGGUUCAUGUAAUCAUGAUUAUAAUGAUGUAUAAUUCUCAAGGUAUGCAGAUGACAAUCCUAGAACUUGGUGUCUAAUGCAUAAGAUGUCCAGCUUUCGCUGCGAAUCAAAUUUGUUGACUAAGUCCAGUAUUUCAGCUUUUUUUAGUUGACACGGAUCGAGCGUCGAUUGAUGCUAUUGAGUUAGUUUCGAUCAAUGCUACCUUAGACAAGCGUUAACGAGCUGAUCGAUAGGUUCACUAGUCUUAACUAUAUCAGUUGUCUCUUUUUCCUAGCAAUCAUAGCUCAAGAGAACGAAUUCUAAUGCAGAACCUACUGUCAUAGUUGUCUACAAUCCUAAGAUCAAGGUCCUAGUUAGCUACUCUAAAACACAAGCGUUAAUAGCAAUUCUUUGAAGGUUGCUUAAUUAUCACCUUAGCAAUUCUGUAGUUUUAGCUAAUCCUUCAUAACCCUAAUAACCCUAAAUCUAACAAAGAGAACUACUCAGACAUGAUCAAACAAAAAAUGAAAAUAAACUGAACAGAAUGCAUAAAUAGAAUAGGCAGAUAAGAAUGGAGUUCCAAUACAAGCUCUGAAGAAGUCUUGGAUCUUCUCUCCAAACUAGUAAAAACUCUAAAACCUUAUGCUGUGAAUAAUAGAAAAUAAGAAAGCGUGGGUUGUCCAAUAUAAUAACAGAGCACAUAAAUAUUAUGUUAAAGUCGGUCAGGGGUAGUCUUGUAAUUAUGUAGAACUUGGGCUUCAAGUCGGCCUUUUCACGCGUGUUGCUGUUGAUCGACGAAAAGAUGUAUUUGUCGAUCGACGAUUGGCUAGCUCUAAAUGUCGACUCUGGCUGGUUCUCUGAACAGGUAUGAAUUUCUUCUAUCUUUAUCUCCACAUUGCUCCAUAAUCACCACAUUGCUCCAAAACAUACAUGAACCUGUAAAGACUCUAAAAAGACUCCAAAACAUAAUAAAUAGACUCUAAAACACGUAUAUACCAGGGCUGAAAACUGGUAAAAUCCAUGGUAUGUCAGCUCCUCAAGUCAUGUGCCUUUUCAAUGGUUGGUUUGGUAGAGGUUCAGGAGUCAUGUACGAAGGAUCCAUCUUCGUUCUUCUAAAUCUUAGAUCGGAUUCUCAGCAAGUAUAUUUUUCGUUUCGCUCCACAGGCGCCGCCAAAAUGUGGAUCCUAAAAUCCACAAUAACUAUUUGGUUGUGAUUGUAUGUAAUAGAUUAGGGAAGAAGAACUAUGUUGAUAACGAUAUCCUCAUAACACAAAAGAUGUAAUCAGACUCAAGUUGACGAAAGGGACUUUUAUAUAUUGAAGUUUAACACAAAAAAUGUUUACAAGGUAUAACAAAACAAGAUCAACUAAGCUAGAAACUAUAAGCUAAAGAUAGUGAGAGUAAGGUCGAAGUGGAUGGUGAUAUGUCUAGGCCUCAGGGCGUGUCUUUCUUCCUUUUUUUCUUUACGCUUUUAUAGUUACUCUAUUGAUUACUCAUUUUGAUAUUCUCUCUCAUAGUUGGUUAGUAAGUGGCGGCGAUCUCGGAACUCCCUUUGACUCGGAUAAGAUAAGGAUGGGAGCUCGUCAACUUGUGUUGGAUUUGGCGUUGCUAAGAACUCACAUCCUCGACACCACAGCUGACUGGCACGAGGAGACUGCUGAUUUAGGGCCCAACAAACACUCUGAACUCGUCAUACAGGUUCACUCGUGACGAUUUUUUCAUGACGCUCUUUCAUGACAGUAUGUCCACGACGUAUUGUCUUUAGAAGGUAGUCAACUGACACUCCAUCCAUGGUAGCUCAACUGGACGGCUCAUCAAGAAUGUUGUAGGACAGAAAAACGUGAUCACACAGUCCGUUCUUGCAGAAAUCUACAAAGUAAGAAGUUAGAUUGGAAGAUGAUGCAUGUCUACGACAGCGCGUUCGCGACAGUCUGCCCACGACACCUCAUAUAUGAUAUCCUAACCAUGACAGCUCGUUCAUGACGACUUGUCUAUGACAUGAGAAUAGGAGCUUACAUCUACUCCAAGCAAUUGGCUAAUCACAAUUCAUGUCGAAAUUUAUUUGGUAAAUUCAUUGAUCUCAAAAAUAUGCGUUUUUAGUGGGAACAUGCAUUUUUGCGUUUUUAGCGGGAAAAUGCAUUUGCCCGAUUUUGGCGAGAAAAUGUGUUUGUUCAGUUUUGGGGGAAAAAUCUAUUUUUCUUGUUUCGGGAAAAUGUGUUUUGCAGUUUUUUACGGAAAAAUGUGUGUUUUGUGUUUUUGCUGGGAAAAUGCGUUUUCGGUUUUGGCUGUAAAAUGCGUUUUUCCAGGUUUAGCGGGAAAAUGCGUUUUCCGGUUUUGGCGGGAAAAUGCAUUUUUGCGAUUUUUGGUGAUAAAGUGUGUUUUUACUAUGUUGGCGGGAAAGUAUGUUUUUCGGUUUUAGUGCGGUUUACGCUUUUGGCGAGAAAGUGUAUGUUUACCGUUUUGGCCGAAAAGUGUGGUUUUACUGGAUUGGCCGAAAAGUGUGUUUUAUGGAAAUGUGCAUUUAUACGCUUUUUGGGGAAAAACGUAUUUUUGCGGUUUUGGCAGAAAGUGUGUUUUUCAGUUUUGGCGAGAAAAUGCAUUUUUCGGUUUUGGCGAAAAAAAUGUAUAUGGGACAAUAUAGGAUUUUUUGGUUCGAAAAUAAUAAUUUGAUUUUAAAAAGUUAUUUUGUCAUUUAUCAUUUUAAAUUGAACUAGAUGCACCUGCAUCCAAAUGCACCAUCAAGACUCACCCUCAUUUGGGUGAGAAUUUGAGAUGAGUUUUUAAAAAUUCAGCUGGAUGAACCAUCUUGAUGUAACAUUAUAAUGUACAAAACGAACAUCGAUUUGCAUCUUCACCCAAAUAGAUCACCUAGGUUAGCAAACAAACAACACCUAACUCGUUAAAGCGUCUUUCGACGACCUAUAUUCUCUUGUAAUGAACCAUGAGGUCCAUGACAGUCUUGAUCUCUAGUCAAGGGUAUUUAGGCAACGUUUAACCAAGUUCAGAUACAAUCAAUAAAACCUUUCUAAAUGUCUUUCGCUAGUUCCAAACUCAACACGAAAACUUCUAAUAAACAUUUUCAUGUAUUUCCAGUGUGUGCCGAUUUCAAAUUAAACAGGUCUCACGGAAAUAUACUGAUAAUCGAGAGCAAGGUGGUAUAUGACCAAAGGAUUAUGCAUAAUGUAAAAUUGAGAAAUUGUAGUAUGAGAACAAGGAGUUUUCUAUCUUCAUAUUCUAACAAAACCAGAUUUUGAGAGCCUGAUUUUCUUGUCUUUUACUCAAACUUUAAUUUAAUUGUUUACUAUCUUGGCUUGGAAAAAAUCAUCAAACUAGAUGUUCUAAAGUGUUUUAUAAUCCAAACAAAAUCUUAGGUUGGGAGCCAAGUUAGAGAAACUUAGCAGCAACGUACUGUUCUCAAUCCUCCCUAUAAAUAAGGAACUUGAAUCUCCAUCUUCCUCAAACUAACCACCUCAAGAAAUACUCAGCCUCACAUAUCGAACACAUCAAUGGCCUCCUUGGACGCUAUUAACCGCGGGACACCAACUCCAGACCAUGACACGACUGUCGUAGUCGUUGUCUUUGUCUCUCUAGGUUGCGUUAUGUUCUUGGCGUUUCUAGCGUUUGUCAUUUGUUUCAUGAUCAAGAAGAAAUGCAAGAAGAACAGUAAUAAAAGUGAGAUAGUUCGUGUAGAUGAGCACUAUAAGAUGAACGAAGCUAUAGUCGAGGGACCUCAUGGACCAGAGGCAGUGGUGCUAUCUGUUGAGGAUGAUGUUCAUAUAGAAGAUUUGGUCAAAAAAGGGGAGAAAAAAGUGGGAAAAGACGGUGUAGUUGGAUCUUCUCGUUCUUAAAUGAGCCUUCGCUCAUAAGGUUUCCACUCUAUGUGUAUAAUUUAAUUGUGUUCGUAUAAAUAUGAAUCAUUCGUUUGGUAAAAUAUAAGGCGUCCGAGAUAUUUCAUGUAGGUUCCUUGGAAGAUAAGUAAAACUUCCUAGGUGAUAUAUAUUAGAUGAUCACAUUGCUGUAUCUGGGGAUUAAAUCUCUAUAAGAUUAAAAUAUUAUAAUUUUAAAAGUGGUUAAUAAAUUAAAGUUGUUGAACAAC